UGAAUUUUACCCAAGCACUAUUCAUAAAGGUAACUUACACAUUUACCAAAGUAAAAUUCUAGCAUAAUAUCUUUACUUUUACACAAGUUUGACUUUUGGGUACUUUUAACAACAAAGGGCAGAUUUAAUAGCUUUUUAUUUUGUUUGUUUGUUCAUCCUCACCAUAUGUUGGUGAUCAUGAUUUGCUGAAUUUUACAUUUAUUUUAACAGGAAUAUUUCAAUUGAGAUUCAGAAUCUCUUUUACAUGGGAGUCCUGGCCAUGGCAGUCGCAUAUAAAAGAGCCAACAACAACAACAAAAAACUUUAAACAGAUAAACAUACAAUUUCACACAAAGGACCAGAGGCACACCCUCAGGAGGUUUAAGCCCCUCUAAGGAAAUGUAGGAAAGGGAGCCAUUGAUGGCCUCUCUGAUUUGCACAUUUUGCAGUAAGAUGUACCAUGGGGUUUGCUAAGCUCAGCCAUUUUAAAAGUGGUACCACACCGGGGUUCAUAGUCCAAAGAAAAAUUUGUUCACAAUAGUAGUUAAUCAUCAUUGUCUGUGUGUUUAUAACACGUGACAAUGGUAAAUAAAAAAAAACCAUCUCUGUGAGAAGUUGCUCUUUAUGUAAUAUCAGAGGGCCAAAGUGCUCAGAAGGGUGGUGACUUAUUCCCAGGAAACACAUUUCAUAAAUUGCCGAACCAUAUUGCCAUGGUCAGCAAUUGAGUUCCAGUAAUUUUAUCAACAGAUUAUACGAGAGAAGAAGGGAAACUCUGUCUCCUCUCAAGUCCUCUCUGUAUAGAUCACUGGUAAACUGCAUGUGUGCAUUUGGGAAGAUACUGUAAAACUAGUGUUGUGUUCAUGUCUGACAGAGCAUCUACUUUUCACUGUUAAUUUAGUACAACAUUUUUACUUUUAUCGUCUAUAUAUCGAGAGAGAUAUUUUAACUCUUUAGUGCUCUCAAAAGUGAUAUAUAUUAUUGAUUAUGUUCAGUAUGGGUUCAAACCCUGGCAUGAGGGUGGUUAGAUAAUGAUAAUUAACCUCCUCAAAUUUGAUGAUUGCUUAAUCAUUUAAGUCAGUGGUGUCAAACUGAUCCAGCAAAGGGCCAUGUGGCUGCAGGUUUUCAUUCCAACCAAGCAAGAACACACCUGAUCCAAAUCAGGUGUGUUCUUGCACUGAUUCAAGUCAUUUAUAACACAAAAAGGCCAAACAAUCUCUGGCACAGUCUUCUCAUAUACUACAAAUUGUUGCUUUUCUUUCUUUUAUGUUAUCCUGAACUGAAUAUUGUGUGUUUUUCCGACUGCUGGUUGAACAAAACAGACAUUAUUCAUGUUAAGACCCAUCACAGAAUUAGCUAAUAAAACAGAACCUGCCUUUUGUUGAUUCAGUACAUUCAUGCUAGAAAUUCUCAGGAAAGACCAGUCAAACAAAAGAUAAAUAAGAAAAUGACUGACAUGCAGUAACCAGUCCCUUCACCUCUGCAAAGGAGUUCAAAGUGCAGCCAACAAUUGUAAGGAGGGAGGAUACCAUGAUAAAAGCAAUAAUUACAAUUUCCAUUUUUGGGAAAACUUACUCUUUCCUUUAAAACUGUACUUGAUAAAACAUAAAACCACUUACUGUUCACAGUUUCUGUGUGCCUAACUGAUGAUAUGGCUACUGAAAAAUGUUGUCUCUCUAACUAGCCUGCAAAUCUUUUCCACAUAUUCACUUCAUAUAUACUCAUAUUCUGUAGAAAUUUUGCUUUUUGGGCUCGCACUGAGUGUGCUAGACAUUAUCUGAACUAAUCAAGCGUCAAACACCAGAAUCACACAGUGUAGAGUGUUGUGGACAGACCACAAGCGUCAGGAAACAGCACCCAUUAGUUACUUACAUAGGCUCUCAGAGACAUUCAGACUGCUGGAAGAAAUGGAAAAAAAAAAAAAAAGCGAAGUGACACAUUUUAAGAGCAAAUGCUUGUUGGGCAAGGCUCUGCCCACUGAUGUCCAUUAGUCGACCAUUACAUAUUGCAGGGCAGAUGAGAAGCUGCCAUGUGGUUGGUCAAUACAGUUAAGUGUCUACUGUGAACUGGGUGUAGCAUUAGAUGCGCUACUGAAUGAGCCAUCAGUCGCAUUCUGGAUCCUUACAAGGCAGAGGAGUUCCUUUGGAUGAAGGCUUAGAAGGACAAUAUGUCGGACCUGGAGAACAGCAUGAUCACAAUUAUCCAGGUUUUCCACAAAUACUCAGGUCACAAGUGCAAGCUGAAGAAAGCAGAGCUUAAAGAGCUGAUCAACAACGAGAUGAGUCAAUUCAUAAAGAAAAUCCAGGACAGCGACACUCUGGAUGAGCUCUUUGCGGACCUCGAUCAGAACGGAGACCUUGAGAUCGACUUCAAAGAGUUCAUCGCCCUCGUCGCCAUGGUCACCUCAGCGUGCCAAGAACUCUUCACGCCCUAACACAGUGAUUAGUUGUUUACAUAUUAAUCAUUAAAAACGUACUUAUCACAAAAACAGUUUGUGAAUUUUUUAAGAGCGUGUGAGAGUGGUUGGUGGACAUAAACAAGGUGUCUGAAAGUGUUGACUGAUUUUGAUCUUUAUGACAUGUUUAUCAAUUUUUUGUUGGUACAUACAAUAAAAUGUAUAAAAAUAUGAACACAUGAAGAACUAUACACUUACUGCAACAAGGACAUGGUGAAACUGGACAGUGUUAGUAUCAUCCAUCUACAGGCUGCAUUUAUCAAUCUGCUCCAGUCUGUAAUGUUUCCCAAGAAGCUGCACUAUGUCAUUUUGGGGAAGAAAUUAUAUCACUAUAUAAAUCAAAUUAAAUCAUAGAUCUUCAGUGACCUAAACAACCUGAAUAAACAAAGGAAAGUUACGUAGAUAUUUGGCAUCUUGUGUAAUCUGUGUGCAGCACUACUGUCGUGAAUACAAAUCCCAGAUCUAUAACAAUUAUUGAGAUGUAAUGUAACUAAAUAUAAAACCCAAUGUGUCAUGACAAUGUUAAGUGUGAAAACUUGAAUCUUGCAGUAAACAUGUAUGUAGUCUGUGAAUGCCACUGCCCCUGUGUGUCAGCCUCUCGAUGGUGAUGGUGAUUGGUUCCAACACCAGUGGUUGACAGAAAAAUCGACACACCAGGUAAUGGAAACUGCAUGCCCCUUUCUUUUAAAACUUUCUGUACAAAACAGGACAUGUUCUGUCGAGUACUUCCAAAAGGCUUGCAUAGUAUUUCCAGUGUUGGGGAAGCUACUUUGCAAGCGUAGCUUGUAAAACUACAUGUAGUUCAGCCUGGCAGUAGCUGAACAAACUACAUUUCUACCCCUGGAGAAAUGUAGUUUGUAAAACUACUGUGAAAAAAAAGUAGCUUUAGCAACUACUUAUACUCAUUAUACUCAUUUAACUCAGCGUUAAAUAAAUCAACGUAUGGUGUAUAUGAAACAAAAUAUAAUACCUACAAAAAAAUUCACAUGCCAGCAGAAAUAUGCCUCUCAACUCAAGUUUUAUUUUUUAAAGAACAAAAGCUGACAUUUUUGGUCGACAUCACAGGAACUUCAGUGGCACUAACACUUAGGCACGAACACGUGAACACAUAGGUUGUGUCUGUAGAUGCAUCUAUAUCCAGCAUGUACAUGCUCAAAUAUGGCCAUGGUUGGGCUGGCGCAUUCGGGGGCACAUCGUAGGUAGCGGGAGGGUUGUCCAUGACGUGCUUGUGCCAUAUGAGCACUGCCUUCCUUGGCACAGUGACCCACCCAUGACAUGUUUCAUGCCGUUUUUCAAAAAAAAAUAAAAUAAAAUGUAUGUCUUCUAUUUUUUGUAAAAAAAAAAUAUAUUUCAUAUUACUGGCCAAAAUGAUAUUUUGUAAAUUGAGUAGUUAAACUACAAAAAAAGUAGUUGAACUAGUUACAGCAAAUUGUAGUUAAGCAAUAUAGUUCAGCUACAAGUAGUUUAAGUCUCCACAUCACUGAUUAUUUCUGUCGUCUCCAUGUCUUCAUGAGGAUACAAUACAAAUACAAGGGAAAUGGGUCUUUGGAAGGAAACAGGUAGGGGCAAAGAAAAAUGGGUCUCCCUGG